UCAAGUGCCACAGCACCCGGCACUCCGCGUCAAACGCGACACCGAUAGCAGGUACUUCCAUUCCGUCUGGGGGAAAGAAUUAAUUUGGCCAGCUAAUUCCGCUCCCCCAGCGGUGGGGGCGGGGUACGUGCGCGUUGCCAUGGGCGCCGGAGGAGCACCCUGAAAGUUGCGGACGAGGGGCGGGGAGAAGGGGGCCGGGCCGGGCCGGGCGCUGUGGGGUACGGCUGCCCUCCGGGGCUGAGCUGCCGCUCGGCGCCGAGCUGAGUACCUCGGGGCUGGUUACUGCCGCGGCGGCGGCGGUGUUACGCCCACCAGCGGCUGGCGGCGGGAGGGAGGAGGGAAAGCGAUAAACUUCAUACUUGGCCGGGCGGGCAGGGAGCCGCAUGGAUGCCGCUGUCCCUCGGCGCUGACUCGCAGCCCGCGACAAGCGGUGGGGCGGCAACAGCAGUGCAGGGCUCCGCCGCGCCCUUUCCUCCGCCGCCGGCCAUGGCGCGCGUGGGGCACAGGGCUCAGCCCGGCCCUUGAGAACGACGCCUCGCCCUCCCCCCUCUCUGCUGUGGCGCCGCCGCCCCCCCGCACCCCCGCCCGCCGCCACCUGCCUUUGCUUCACUGCUGCCGACCUGAGGCGUCGGGCAUCGGCUUCUCCCCGCGCUGCAGCCCGCCCGAUAUGGAGCCGUCAGCACGAAGCGGCCGAGAGUGAUCCCCGCUCUGAGACCGACCUGCUCGCCGCUCCCUCGGGGCCCGCGCUUGCUCCUAUGGAGCUGGACGAGACGCCGCUCGCCCCCCCGAAGACCAUGCUGCUUAUGCUGAGGAAAGUUCGCAAGAGGCGGGAGAUGUUGCUGCAGCAGCUGGGCUUCAUCUGCGCCAUCCUCUUCUUCGCCUGGUGCAUGUCCAGCCUGCUCUCUAGAUUGGGCCGAGAAUCAACUACUGCAGACAGACGCGUUUUGUCAGAAAUAUGGAGGAAUAGAAGGUUGAUGGCAUCUCCUAAUGGGACACAUGAAGAAAAGAACUGUACAGAACCAGCCAUUAAUGAAUUUCCUGAAGAUAUAUUUACAAAUAAAGAACGGCAGCAAGGAGGAGUUCUGCUUCAUAUCAUUGCUGCUCUUUAUAUGUUUUAUGCUUUGGCUAUAGUAUGUGAUGACUUCUUUGUUCCAUCGUUAGAGAAAAUUUGUGAGAAACUACAUUUGAGUGAAGAUGUUGCUGGAGCCACAUUCAUGGCAGCAGGGAGCUCCACUCCAGAACUGUUUGCAUCUGUUAUAGGUGUAUUUAUCACUCACGGAGAUGUCGGAGUAGGGACCAUUGUUGGUUCAGCAGUUUUCAACAUCCUCUGCAUUGUUGGUGUGUGUGGAAUGUUUGCAGGACAGGUGGUUUGUCUCACGCAGUGGGCUGUGUUCCGGGACUCUGUGUACUACACAAUAUCUGUGAUUGUACUUAUACUUUUCAUAUAUGAUGAGAAAAUAGAAUGGUGGGAAAGCCUUGUACUCAUCAUUAUGUAUUCAUUCUACAUACUUAUCAUGAAAUACAAUGUGAGGAUGCAAAAUUUCUUCAGCAUUAAAAGCAAGAAUGUUGGAAAUGGUGACACAGUCAACAAUGAGCUCGAAGACGGUAAUAAAUACUAUGCCUCUAGUUGUGAUGACCCGUCCAUUCCAUUGCUAUGGAAAGUGAAGGGGAUGCAGCAAUAUGGCAAAAACAGUGUUGUGAUGGUGGAUGAGAUCAUCUGUUCCAGUCCCCCCAAAUAUCGGUUCCCUGAAGCUGGAUUACGGAUUAUGAUUACAAAUAAAUUUGGACCACGCACCAGAAUGCGGAUGGCAAGCCGUCUUAUCAUUAAUGAGCGUCAGCGGUUAAUCCAGUCUGCCAAUGGCUCAAGCAAACCACUUCAGAAUAGGAGACAUGAGAAUAUUGAAAAUGGGAACAUCCCUGUGGUGAACCAAGAGGAGGAAAAUGAACAGGACAAUCUAUCUCCUUUUUCAUUGCCAGAUGGAAAAAUGAACAAAGUUAAAUGGAUUGUGACAUGGCCGUUGAUAUUCGUGCUCUUUUGCACCAUUCCAAACUGCAGCAAACCACGAUGGGAGAGGUGUUUUAUGGUGACAUUCAUCUUAUCUACUCUCUGGAUCGCCGUGUUCUCAUACUUCAUGGUGUGGAUGGUGACUGUUAUUGGAUACACCCUUGGGAUACCAGAUGUGAUCAUGGGCAUUACUUUCUUAGCUGCAGGAACAAGCGUCCCAGACUGUAUGGCCAGCUUAAUAGUAGCAAGACAAGGCCUUGGUGACAUGGCAGUAUCCAACACAGUAGGGAGCAAUGUCUUUGACAUUCUGGUGGGACUUGGCGUUCCAUGGGGUUUGCAGACCAUGGCUAUUGAUUGGGGAUCAACUGUUAAGAUAAACAGCAAAGGACUGGUCUAUUCAGUUGCACUUUUGCUAGGAUCAGUGGCACUUACUGUGCUUGGAAUCCAUGUAAAUAAGUGGAAACUUGACAGGAAAUUGGGCAUCUACGUGUUGUUUCUUUAUGCUGUUUUCCUUUGUUUCUCUAUAUUGAUAGAGUUUAAUGUCUUCACUUUUGUCAACUUACCUAUGUGCCGAGAAGAACGAGGACAGUUGCCUGCUGAAAAAUCUGAUGAUGGUUUAGAUAUGAAGCUGAAAGGAGCAGAGAGGCUGAGAUGUGGAGGUGCAGCUCAGCGAUGGAAAGGAAUUACUUUCUUUACCAAGGAACUCCAAAGCCACUGUGAAAGAGAAAGUGUCUUAAAGUUUGCUGUGAUGAUGAAAACAUCAGCAAGAGACAAAGGAGCCAGGGAUGACUCAGGCCGUAUCACAGAUUCCAGCAAAGACAGAAAAGAGACACAUCUCUGUCAGGCCGCUGCCCUGCGAAACUGCCUCCCACUUCCAGGGAUCAGCAUCCUUGACAAACUCAUCAAGACCUGUCCUGUCUGGCUUCAGCUGAAUAUGAACCGGGAAAGGGCUGGGGUAAUACUUGGCAAAGAAGCAGCUGGGAUGUUUUUGGUAAGGAAAGAGGGUAAUGUGAACAACAUGGUCCUUGCAGUCCGUCUGUCAGUGCAGAAUGAGGCUCCCGGUGUGCUGGAGUACAACAUUAAAGAAGAAAAGUCAAUCCUGUACCUGGAAGGAUCUGUCCUUGUAUUUGAGGACAUCUUCAAACUGGUUGCCUUCUACUGUGUCAGUAGAGAUUUGCUGCCCUUCACCCUGAAGCUACCACAAGCAAUAUUAGAAGCCAGUAGCUUUCAAGACCUUGAAAUUAUCUCUAGUCUGGGGAUAGAUUUCUGGGAUUCCUCCUUAAACCACAGAAGAAGAGAGGAGUUAUCCCACCCUGCAAAACACUCUGCUCUCAGCACUGUUCAGACAGACAGUUUAAAAUCUACCCAGUGUUUUGCAAGCAGCACAAACCACUGCUCAUGUGAAAUUGAGCUGUCAAUAGGAAAUGACAGGCUGUGGUUCGUGAAUCCUAUUUUUAUAGAAGAGUACAGUAAUCCUUUUUCACCAGAUGUACCUUCUUCUAAAAGCCGUGCUGUGAGUGCUGAUCUCCCCCCCGCCACCAUGCUCACUGAAAGGAGGUCUCCCCGCCGCCCCCCUCCGCCUCCACCUUCUCAUGCUGUCAUUCAGAAAUCUCCUCUGAAGCCCCUGCAGGAUCCCACCACUGCCUGUGAAGAAAACGAGCUGCUCCUUCAGCCACUAGAAAAGACCAUGAAGGAAAUGAGAAUUGAAGGCGGUGACAAUAAAGAAGGGAAGCAGAGCUGCUCAGUCAGGGAGCCUUUGGCAGUGAGCCCCAAGAAGGGCUCCCAGCCCUCUGUUCCCCCACGGAAGCGGCUCUCUGAGAGGACCUCAGAGGAGAGCUGUGUGGGAAACCCUGGAAGUUGUGAAACGCUGAAAAGUGAACGGACAGAAGAAAACCAACAUGGGAGUACGGACAGCAGAGAUAAAAGGUCACUGCGCCAAAAGGCUGUAGAAAUGCCUGGGGAAGUUCCUGAGGUGGCUCUAUCACAAUUUCAGGAGACAAAGCCUGAACCUGAAGAGAUGAAGAACAUGUCUGGAAUUCAAAGCAAUGCCAUAGGAAAGUCACCUCCUAUCCCACCACCAAGAAGGAAGAGGCUUUCCCAGGUACCGAGAGUCCCCAGCUCCUGCCAGUCAAAGCAAAGAACAGUGGCAGAGAUGACCACAACCAUGGCCAUUGUGCAGGAUUUGUGCAAGAGCAGCUCUGCUACAGUGUCAGGUGGUGCCACUUGUACACACAUCAAGACUGAACUGGGACAUAGCCACAAAUCUGUCAACUCAGCUGAACUGAAAGAUGCUCACUCCUCCCUGGAAGGCCCAGGAGGCAGCACUGUGGCUCAGACAUCAGCAUCUGAACCAGACUCCUACUCCACCAGCAGCACAGAAGAUGACCUGGAGAUGCCAAGUAGUUCAUCUGGUAAAAAGACACGCUCCAUGAUCUUGGACAAGGCCAAGAACAGGCUGUCCUUUGUGAGCCUGUCUAAUGUCUUCACAGUCUUUUUGUCUAGUGACAGGAAGCUGCAGAAGAAGAUUGUGGAGCUGGCACAGGACAAGGACUCAUACUUUGGCAACCUGGUGCAGGACUACAGAGUGUACAGUUUAGAGAUGAUGGCAAAGCAGAGCUCCAGCACAGAGAUGCUACAAGAAAUCCGGAUGAUGAUGACACAGCUGAAGAGUUACUUAGUGCAAAGCACUGAGUUGAAAUCUCUGGUAGACCCAGGCUCCCACACUGAGGAACAGUUAGAAGUGAUUGCUGAGACGGCAUUAUACAAAUGUGUUUUGAAACCUUUAAAAGAAGCCAUUGAUUCUUACUUAAAAGAAAUCCACAACAAAGAUGGAUCCUUACAGCAGCUAAAAGAGAACCAAUUUGUGAUACAAAACACAACUACCACUGACCUAGGCAUCACGACCAGCGUGCCCGAAACCAUUGUGCUUGAAAAGAUCCUUCAAAAGUUCACAACCAUGCACAAGGCCUACUCCCCAGAAAAGAAGAUUGCCAUAUUGCUGAAGGCCUGCAAACUCAUCUAUGACUCCAUGGCUCAGGGAAACCCAGGGAAGCCGUAUGGUGCAGAUGACUUCCUCCCUGUGCUCAUGUAUGUGUUGGCUCGCAGCAACUUGACUGAAGUCCUUCUGAAUGUGGAGUAUAUGAUGGAGCUCAUGGACCCUGCUUUGCAGCUAGGGGAAGGCUCCUACUAUUUAACCACCACCUAUGGGGCCCUGGAGCACAUCAAGAACUACGACAAAAUCACUGUCACACGGCAGCUGAGCGUGGAGGUGCAGGACUCCAUUCACCGCUGGGAGCGACGGAGGACACUGAACAAGGCCCGGGCUUCCCGCUCAUCAGUGCAGGAUUUCAUCUCUAUCUCCUUUCUGGAAAUUGGUGCUCAGUCAAGGACACUUGCUUCCCGGAAAGACACCACAGUUGAGCAGCUGAGCCAGCAGUGUGCCGAGAAGUUUGAAGUCUCCCAUCCCAAGGACUAUAGACUCUUUGUUUAUGUUGAUGACCAGUGGCUGCAGCUGGACAAAGAUGCCCUUCCUCACCAUAUCAAAGCCUCCCUCCUGAAGUGCGAAACCAAGAAAGAUUUCCAUUUUAUUUAUAAACCAAUAGACCAUAAAACCCCACCAGUUCCAAUUGUCAAAGAGUCAGACUUUCCCUAAGGGCUGUGCUGCUUUUCUUGUUGUGGUUGUUGUGUCCUGGAAGAGCUGGAUAGUUUAUCUCAUGAGAUCCUCUGAUAACUGCAGACCUCAGAAGGUCUCU